GCAUUUUAAAAUAUAUAUUAAAAAAAAAUAAAAAAAUGGCCGGUAGUUACAAGAAUAAUGCCACGGCGGCCAUGCUCGCCGCAGUCCUUGUGGCGGCGUGCAUGGCCUCCGUGGCGACGGCCACCAUCUCCGUCGGGGUGGAGGCAGUCUGCUCCUCCACCGAAUACCAAACCACCUGCAAAGCGAGCCUUUCCAGCGUGAACACCGCCAACCCUAAGGACCUGCUGAAGGCCGCAUUCCACGCCGCCAUCGACAACAUCGAGGGCGCUGUCAAGCAGUCGGAGCUAUACGAGAAGGCGGCGACGGACGAACGCACGAAAGAUGCCUUGACGGUGUGCGAAGAGGUGCUCAACUCCACUAUCGAUGAUCUCCGGCGGUCCACCAACAAGGUCGACUCCUUCGAUAUCAGCAAGAUCGGCGACUACAUCGACGACGUCAGGGUCUGGCUCAGCGCCGGCCUCACCUGCAAGGACACCUGCCUCGACGCCUUCGAGAACACUACUGGGGACACCGGUGAGAAGGUGAAGAAGAUGCUGGAGAGCACCGGCGAGCUGCUCUGCAACGGCCUCUCGAUCACCGAGAAAGUGUCGAAGCUCUUCGGCUCGUUAAACCUCGGGUCGUUCUUCAGCCAGCGGCGGCUGCUCAGAGACGAAAACAGCAACGAAGACAUGAUCCCCAGCUUUGUCAGCCACGCGGCGAGGAUGCUACUGAACCAGACGGCGGGGACUCUCACGCCCAACGUCACGGUGGCGCUGGACGGGAGCGGCAAUUUCAAGACCAUCGGCGAGGCCAUCAACGCCGCGCCGCUGAAGAGCAACGCCACGUUUGUGAUCCUGGUUAAGGCCGGCAAAUACAAGGAGAUUGCGAUGAUUCCGAAGAAGUGUAAUAACGUCGUUUUGAUGGGAGAGGGCCCCACCAAGACCGUUAUCAGCGGCGACAAGAGCUUUGCCGGCGGUUUUACGACCUACCACACUUCUACUCUCACCAUCAACGGUGAAGGCUUCAUGGCGAAGGACAUCGGGAUCGAGAACACCGCCGGCGCCAUCGGGCACCAGGCGGUGGCGGUGCGUGUCUCCGGCGACAAGGCCGUCUUCCACAACGUGAACAUGGACGGGUACCAGGACACCCUCUACGCCCACACGUACCGGCAGUUCUACCGCGACUGCCGCAUCAGCGGCACCAUCGACUUCAUCUUCGGGAACUCCAUCGCCGUGUUCCAGAACUGCGCCCUGGUGGUGCGGAGGCCCAUGGAGAACCAGGCGUGCAUGGUGACGGCGCAGGGCCGCAACGAGAGCAGCAGCGUCGGCGUCACCGUCAUCCAGAACUGCAGCUUCACGGCCGAGAAGGACUUCCUCGACGCCAACCCGCCGUUCACGGCGUACCUCGGCCGCCCGUGGAAGGCGUACUCGAGGACGAUCAUCAUGCAGUCCUUCAUCGACGGCUUCAUCGCGCCCGAGGGGUGGUCGCCGUGGAUGGGCGACUUCGGCCUCGACACGCUCUACUACGGCGAGUACGACAACCGCGGGCCCGGCUCCGACCUCUCCAAGCGGGUCGCGUGGAAGGGGAUCCAGAAGAUGACGCCGGAGCUGGCGCGGGGCUUCACGGCGGAGAAGCUCUUCGCCGGCGAUGAGUGGGUCAAGAACACUGGAGUUCCGUACGUUGGUGGAAUGAUGCAGAUUUCGAAAUGAUCAGUUGAUUAAUCAGUGUAAUUUAUGUUAUUUUAAAGUUAAAUUUGUCAUCCCAAAAAUAAAUAGGACGUUAAUAGGACGUUGAAAUGAGAAUAUAUUUUUUUGAAAGGAUUAAUUGAAUAUAAAUUAUUGAAUUUUCAACAAAUUUUUAUUUUGUACAUGAAUUUUAAAAUCUUUAUUAAAAUUGCUCAAUUAUUAAUUUUA